GCGCGCACACGCACACACACACACACACACGUUAUCCCUGCACCCUGUAUUUUUAUGCCUCUCGCGCCGGGCGCUAUCGACGCGGUCGUGGAUUAUGAUGCCAGUUUUUAUAACAGCGGAGUUUCGACCUCUUCCUCCGCUGCAUCCGUAAACAGCAGUAAAGCGCGCGCUUUUAUUUUUUAUUUAAUUUUUUUCCAGCUUUAUUUGUAUUUGCACUUCUGAGCACCGAGAGACCGCCGAGACGCAACGUCCAUGCUGUUGGAACAUGUCCUAUGUUCCUUUUCAAGAUGCAAGGUGUGCCGUCCCCCCCUCCUAUCAUCAUCACCAUCAUCGCUCCCACGCUCACUCCUUCCACCAAGCUCCUUCCUUCAACCGUCCCUCGUACGAACGUACUUCCUUCGAACGGCCAUCCUUUGACCGACCCACCUUUGACCGUCCAUCCUUCGACCAACCUUCCUUCAGCCGCCCAUUGCACGAGCGCUCCAUCUACGACCGCCAUUUGCAAGAACGCCCACCCCACGAGCGCUGGAACCCUCAUCUGCGUGUGAGCUACGGACAUCAGUACAACAUGUUGGAUCAGGAAGAGGUCCAUCCUUUGCUGAUGCGCGAGAGGCGCUCAGAGACGCACAGGAACAAGCUGCUGCGCCGCACCGUCAGUGUUCCUGUUGAGGGAAGGCAUCAUCCUGAGAUGGAUCAUCGCGCCCGGCGGAAGAGCAUAGCCACUGGGAAGCAACCCAGCAUGGAGGUCCCUCCCACUGCCCCCCUUCAACCCUUCCGACAAUCCGUGAGUAACCCUCCCUGUCCUCGGCCUCGCUCGCUGCCUCCAUCCCUCUCGCUGUCCCUCCUCCCUCAUCCCUCCCUUGGCCCAUCACACGCCUGUGGCAGACGGGCCAGCGGCACCCCGCCUCACCCCUUCCCCCUGUCCCUGGCCGUCUCCCCGUCCAACACCUUUUGUCCGCAGCAGCAGCAAAAGAGCUCCAAGAAAAUGUCCUCCGGCACGCCCCUUUUGCCCCGUUCACUGCCUCUCUCCCCCUCCCUGUCCUUCACCCUGCCCCACUCCCCUGCCACCUCCUUCGCCUCCCCCUACUCUUACUGGGGCGGAGACUGGAGGGCUGCCGGUUCAAGUCCAGUAGCAGGAGGAACUAUUAUUUCACCACUGCCCCCUGUUGAGAGUUUCCUCAGUAAAAGGUUGAAGGGCUCAAUCAAGAGGGCCAAGAGUCAGCCGAAACUGGACCGAACAAGCAGUUUCCGCCACAUGAUCCUCCCCCGCUUCCGCAGUGCCGACCAAGACAGGACCCGUUUGAUGCAGAGCUUCAAAGAGUCUCACUCCCAUGAGUCUUUGCUGUCUCCCAGCAGCGCCGCUGAGGCGCUGGACCUCACCCUGGACGAGGACGCCGUCAUCAAACCCGUCCACUCCAGCAUCCUGGGACAGGAGUACUGCUUUGAGGUGACAACGGCAUCAGGAACCAAGUGCUUUGCGUGUCGCUCAGCUGCAGAGAGAGACAAAUGGAUCGAGAACCUGCAGAGAGCUGUCAAGCCCAACAAGGACAACAGUCGGAGGGUGGACAAUGUGCUCAAACUAUGGAUCAUCGAGGCCAGAGAGCUUCCAGCUAAGAAGCGCUACUACUGCGAACUUUGUCUGGAUGACAUGCUGUAUGCACGCACCACCAGCAAACCCCGCACUGACACCGUUUUCUGGGGAGAGCACUUUGAAUUCAACAACCUGCCAGCUGUUCGCAACCUUCGCCUUCAUCUGUACAAGGAGACGGACAAGAAGAGACGCAAGGAAAAGAGCACAUAUUUGGGACUUGUCAGCAUCCCCAUCUCCAGCAUCACUGGACGCCAGUUUGUGGAGCAGUGGUACCCGGUCAUCCAGCCCAGCGUCCUCACGAAGGGAGCUGGAGUCGGAGGAGGGAAGAUCAUCAACGCAUCGCUUCGCCUCAAAUCCCGUUUCCAGACCAUGAACAUCCUGCCCAUGGAGCUGUACAAGGAGUUUGCUGAGUACGUCACCAACAACUAUCGCACCUUAUGUUCCGUGCUGGAGCCCGUGCUGAGCGUGAAGAGCAAAGAGGAAGUGGCCUGUGCUCUGGUGCACAUCCUGCAGAGCACAGGGAAAGCUAAGGACUUCCUGUCCGACAUGGCGAUGUGUGAGGUAGACAGAUUCAUCGACCGAGAACACCUUAUAUUCAGAGAGAACACUCUGGCCACCAAAGCCAUAGAAGAGUACCUCAAACUGAUCGGACAUAAGUACCUCAAAGAUGCUAUCGGGGAGUUCAUAAGGGCCUUGUAUGAGUCAGAGGAAAAUUGCGAAGUGGACCCCAUGAGAAUACCACCUUCUGUGCUACCAGACCACCAAGCCAAUCUGCGGAUGUGCUGUGAGCUGGCACUCUGCAAAAUCGUUAACUCCCAUUGUGUUUUCCCUCGGGAGCUGAAGGAAGUGUUUGCCUCGUGGAGGGUUCGUUGUGCAGAGAGGGGCCGAGAGGACAUCGCUGACCGCCUCAUCAGCGGCUCUCUCUUCCUGCGCUUCCUCUGUCCCGCCAUCAUGUCCCCAUCCCUUUUCAACCUCACCCAGGAAUAUCCGGAUGAGCAGACGUCUCGCACACUCACCCUCAUCGCUAAAGUGGUGCAAAACCUGGCUAACUUCUCCAAGUUUGGCAAUAAAGAGGAGUACAUGUGUUUCAUGAAUGAGUUUUUAGAGAUGGAGUGGGGCUCCAUGCAGCAGUUUCUGUACGAGAUCUCCAACCUGGACAGCGUCAGCAACGCAGGUGGCUUCGAAGGAUACAUCGACCUGGGCAGGGAGCUGUCCAUCCUGCACAGCCUCCUGUGGGAGGUCAUGGCUCAGCUCAGCAAAGAUGCCAUUAUCAAACUGGGUCCUUUACCCCGCCUCCUGAAUGACAUCAGCAUGGCGCUGCGUAACCCCCACCUCCAGAGGCAGCCAAGCCACCAGACCGACAGGAUGCAGGACAGACAGACAGACAGGCUGCUGUCACGACCCAGUUUCAACCGCGGCAUCUCCUCAGAGUUCCAGAAUCUCAUGAUGAGGGAUCUAAACAGCUCCAUAGAUAUCACUCGUUUGCCUUCCCCUACCUCCACCGGAGGGGUGAUGCCAUCCCGCUCCCAGAUGAGUUUUCAGGACCGUGACCACCCUCAUCGAGCCUCCAAAGACAUGUUUUACGUAUCACGCCCUCCCCUGGCCCGAUCCAGCCCGGCGUACUGCACGAGCAGUUCAGACAUCACAGAACCAGACCCUAAGGAUUCCCGAAUGAACAGCGUGUCUAACCUGCAGUCGGUGGACAUGCUCAACUCCUCCCAGGCCUCCAUCGCCGGUAUGGGCAGCUUCGGUGGGCUGAGCAGCGGAGGCGGUGGCGGCCUGGGGUCGGGCCUGAGCAGCCAGCUGCGGGCUGGUGGGAGGUUGUCAGCUGGCUCCGGCGGCUCCAGCAUGUCCGGUGGCCUCCGGCUGAGCCAGCUGAGCCAGAUGGGCACCACCACCGACUCGCUAUCCCAGCAGCAGCAACAGCAGGCCGCCGCCAUGCGCUACCCGCUUUCCUUCCAGAAUCCCCUGUUUCAUCUGGCGACGGCUGAUGGGCCCCAACAACAGCAGCUCCAUCACCAGCACAGCCGGGCUCAACCCCCAGCACCCCUUCUCCUGGCUCCUGAACCUGAGCACUCUCAUCAAACCUACAUCCCACAGUUUGCCCAUGGAGGCUUCUCUCGCAGCGAGGAUCUGUCCACCCUAAGGACCAGGGACAGUCACCUGGGUCAGCCCAGCAUCAUCCACUCACACAGCUACAGCGAUGACUACAGCCGGGCCGACUACGCACGACGGCAGAUGUCCAUGCAUGUGCAGGAUAAUCUCCAGCAGCAACAAGAAAUGAUGGGAAUGGCCUCCCAGACAGGAACGUCCCACUCCUCCUUGGCCACCACCCCUCCAUCCACAGUCCAGCCGAUGCGCCAGAGUUCCGUUGCUCCACCCCCCAGCCAGCGCAUCAAGCCCCAGACUUCCCAUCAGCUGUCUGUCAGCGCUGCUGCUACACCCGCCGCAUCCGGUAAAACCCGGCCGCAGAGCGGGAACCUCCUCCAGUCCCCAGAGUCAGGCUAUGGCGGCAGACAGCACGGGCCCCGGCAGCUGUCCGUCAAAGACAACACAGCCCCCGGUCUUCCCCACCAGCAGAGUUCUGUCAGGGAAAGCGGGAGUCCCCAGGGGACCACCAGUCAGAGCACGCAGCAGUCUCCACAGCAGCAGUCUCAGCACCUUCUCAAACCCACCAUGAGCAAACAGGGCUCCCAGUCACCUUCCACCCUCAACCCCCCGACCCAAGCCAACGAGCGAACUGUGGCUUGGGUCUCCAACAUGCCUCAUCUCUCAGCUGACAUUGAAAGUUCCAGGAUCGACCGCGAAGAAUUCAAGCUGAAGGAAUAUUCAAAGAGCAUGGAUGAGUCGCGCAUGGACAGGGUCAAAGAGUACGAGGAGGAGAUCAACUCACUGAAGGAGCGUCUGGUGAUGUCCCACAGGAAGCUGGAGGAGUACGAGCGCAGGCUUCUCGUACAGGAGCAACAGACCAAUAAGAUCCUCCUUCAGUACCAGAAUCGACUGGAGGACAGCGAGAGGAGGCUACGGCAACAGCAAGUGGAGAAAGAUUCCCAAAUUAAAGGAAUAAUUAACAGACUCAUGGCUGUGGAGGAUGAAAUAAGGGGCGGAGCCGUUUAUGAGCCAAAAACCAGGAUUUUUGCUGAUCAGGAGGACCAGCUUUCCUCCCUGGGUUCUGCAGACCCCGGUGUGAAAACUGAAGGUGGAGGGGGAGGAGGAGGACAAGGAGGAGCGGUAACCAACCAUCAAGCCCACAGAAUCUCUUCCUCUGACACUUCGCCUCACAAUGGCGUCCUACGCCAAACUGUAGACCAUCCCUCCUUACCCGCUCCUCAUCAACAUCCUAGUCAGAAUGAAGAGCUCCAUGGCAACCAAAUGUCAACCUCGCAGGCUACUGGAACCACAGCAACAUCAACUACAGGCAUAUCUGAAUAAAGGGGGAGUAGGUCAAACACAGCAACGAGCCAAAUCAGAGAGAGAUGACUCAAAGGAUAAAAAAUAUCCUGUAUUUAUUUUCUUUUAUAAAAAGGAAAAAGAAGCCAAACAAAAGGCUUUAUGCAUCUUCAUCACUGGGACAAGUGAGAGAAGAACACUGUGUGGGAGAGGAGUAAUGAUCAUACUGUAUAGUGCUUAACAGAACACUAAGGGCUCUUUAAUGGACAAUGCUUUCCUGACGCUCACACGGAGCUUCAGAUAGUAUCAGUCUUGCAGGACAGGACAAUGAUACCGUAUCACAUCCUCUGAAUCUGUGAAUCAAACCAAGCUGACAUGUAAACACCUGCUCUGUGAAUCAGACCCAUUCUUACACCCCAAAGACUUCCGUAGCCAUUAACCAGGAGGCUUAUAGCGAGUGUGGACUCCCAUAGAUGCGUUGAUGUGCUGACGACGCCGGUGUUACCCGGGCUGUGAUGCGUUUAGGUGGAGAUGUACUGAUGUGCUCUGGCUUUAACUUAGUGCCUUUGAGAGUUUUUAACAGGGUUUAACAACGAACAGAAACAAACAUGCCCAACUUUACCUUUGUUAGAGUGAGACAUGGGCCGAUGUUGGAGCGGUGGGACACGUCUCUUUGCUGUUGCUAAGUUGUUCUCGGACUGAGCUCGUGCAGUUUUUCUCUUCUCAAUCUCAGAACCGAUUGGUGAUAAACUGGUGCUAAACAGAAACAAAUGGUGCCGUUUUUCUGUUGUUUUUUUUUUCUCCUGUGUGUCUGCCAUAUCACUGCCUCUGUCAUGGUUCACUCACCGUCUUCUCUGUCCCUGCUGUUUGUCUCCGACAGGACACCCCCAACUCCCUUCGAUAUGUUCCGGACGUGUCCUUCUCUUUGUGUUUUGUUCAUCUUGUAACAAUGUGUCCAACGGUAGUUUUUGUGGUUUCAUUUUGUUGUUGUUGUUGUUGUUUUCUUGUCUCUGGUUUUAUUUACACCUAAUGCAAACUUCUCCCAGGCUCUAGACGAACAAAAGGAGCACCUUUUGCACAGGGCAUUUACUUUAAACGUGUAACAAAUGCUAAAGGAAUCUAUUUUGAUUGACAUGAAGUAGAAUAACUAAUUCAUUCUCUUUUACUUUAGACUGAAAAUGCUUCUGCAAGGGCAAAUCAAAGCUAACAAUGAGCUCAUUAUUAUGAUCAUGCACGAAUGCUAUUUACUAUAUUUUCAGUGGAGUGUAACUAAUAAAAUGUUUUCUAUGUGUAAACAGAACAUUUAGAACAUCAAGUGCCUGGGAUAAAUAUAUUUAGACAAACUACAUUAUACCAAAAGCACCUUAUAAAGCCUUGCUUUAACUAAAAAAGAUGAUAAAUAUGCCCCUUUUAAAAAAAUUGAUUAGUUUUUAGAUUAUUUGCUUCUUAAUUUCAAGAGAUUAAUUCAUUUUUUUAUAUUACGUAGAGGUUAUAAACAAAUAAAACCUGUUAAUGCUGUAAUAUUAGAAGUAUUUCUGAAGUGUGUUUGAACUGACGUCAUCAGUAGCAUAUUUUAAAUGCUAAAACAGAAGUCUAUGAAGUGUUUGUGACUCACAUUUGCAUAUUUUAUUUUGGUCUUGUGUGUGAACUGUCCAUUUGAAGGUUUGUCUGGAUUUGUUUGUGUUUGAUUCACACAAGAAUGACUUGUUUAAAGGUGCCGUUUUAAACUAGAGCUGUUUUGAGUUCCUGUAGAAACUCCUCUUGUUUAUUUGAGUGAAACCUUAAAAAGGCCAGUAGGAGAUUAUCUCAGAUUCAUGAAUUCUGUGAAUGUCUAACUGUUGAAACCACCAAAUGUUAACGACACUCCCAGUUUAAACACAGGGGCAUCAUGUAGGGCUACUUUUCUUUUUCCUGUGAAGUCACAUGAUCCUUGAUUGACAAAUUAUCAUUGCUGUGAAAAUACCUCAGAGACUCAGGUAAACAAGUGGUUGCCUCAGAGCUGAACACAUAAAAAAAUGGGCUGAGUCCAGCUUUGAAGAGACUGCCACAUGUGCAGAUUCUCACUCGAUAGCUAUGCUUUAACAGCACCUGAUCAAGCACCCUCCCUCGUUUCUUCUCUCUCUCUGUCUCCUUUUCUUCUCCCCUUUUAGCCACUCUCACAGCUUCAUGGAGGACAAUGUGGAACCUAAUUGGGUGAUGCACCAUCGGCAGUCUUCAGGGUGGCAUGGCCAAAUGUCCAGAGCCCUCUCUCGUGACGCGAUUGGCUGACAAAGGGAGAACUUGGGCCACUGGUCCCAGUCUCUUUUAUCUAAGGAUGGUGCAAACCCCCAGCGGAUCAUGUAAGAAAAUGCUGGGCUUUUUAAUUAUUUUUUUUUUACCCACUUUACUUGAGCCCUCUCUCUCUGAUUAAAAAAAAAAGGAUUUUUUAAAAAGUGUUUGAAACCUCGUUGUUUGGAUCAGCUUUUCAAAUACUAAAGGAUGUGUUUUGGUGUUGGUAAGCCUGUCGAGCAUACAAAGAACAGCUAUGCAGUCCGACCAAUCAGCAGGAUGAAGGAACCUCACAGGCCACGGACAGCGCAAUGCUCCAAACAAGAGAGAGGGUUAGAAAGUGGAUUUCAAAGGUGCUUGACUUCUCUUAAUCAGUCAAAGCAGAUUUACUUUUAAAGCAUUUAUUUCAUUCUCUGAUUCUCUUAUUACUGAUUUUAAACUACGUUUUGUUUUCUGUUAUGCUAUACUCUAUUUAUGUAGUAUCCUCGUCCCUUUAUUUAGUCUUAUUUUUUUCUAGAUUUAGCUCUUCCGUUGGAAUCCCUUUUCAGACUUUUACUUUGAAAGAAACUAAAUAUGCACAGCCUAAAUCAAAAACUGCUUAAGAACAAAACUCUUGCUUCAAUGAAGACUUUUGGGGAUGUCGGUAUUUAUAUUUCUACGAUGAUGCGGAUUAUUCUUACAAUAGUAUUUCAAAGGAAAACAAAACUCGUCAUCAGACACCUUCUGGAGAAGAUAUUUAUUUAUUGAUGACAGAUGCCUCGAUCCAAUGGAGUAAUCCGCUUUAUAUCAACAGAAUUUUCACAAUAAGACAAUCUUGUGAAGAAAAGCGUUGUCCUAGAGGACUGAUGGACAAGCUUGUGUUUCACCUACUCACCCCACCCCACCCCACUGUCUAACAGUUUGCACGUUGCUGUGACCAGCCCCUCUGUUUCCUCUUCAAUUGUUAAAAAAUACAUUUAAUAAAUGCAGAGAAGAGGUUCUCCAACAAUCGCCAUGGAGCUCUCCAUUGAUGGACGAUGCAAAGGUCGUUGGACAAGGACAUUUACUUCACUUUGACUAGAGAUUUAACGAAGCAGGGGGCGGACGCGUGGUUUCAGUGUGGCCAUAUUUCUGCACUCCAAUUGCUGUAAAACACCUCAUUCGUUUCCACGGAUGGACUCCGCCAACACCAAUCUGAUCUGAAACCUGCCAUUUGAGACUGAAACGAGGACUCAGAGAGAGACAUGUUAGAGGUCUUGCUGAACCGAGUGAAUGUGUUUGUACAUAUGUGUGUGUUCUGGCUAAAUCUAUGUGUAUAUACUGGGAUAUAUGUGUAUAUAUGGGAUGUCUAUGUGUAUAUACUGUUUGUUUGUACAUGCAGAGUGUACAGUUAUUUUUCCUCUAAUGUUUCUCUCUCUUUCUAUGAAUAGGUCUUCUAGAGUUACCAAUACUGAGGCAUGGAGAGGUUUUUACAUGUAUCGACAGCUAUCAGAGGCACUUUCUGUGCAGACUUAGAAUAUCAGCAAGGUCUGUCACUUACAGCUGCUUUCUCAAGGCUCUUGAAUAAGAAGCAACUCACUUAAUCUUAAGCUUGCACUCAUUUUCUGACCAACCUAAAAGCUUUUCUAAAGAGAUCUGGGUGACCAAGCAAUGUUUGUAUAUACUAUAGACUAAAACCUUUUAUUUUCUCCAGAAUCCUUUGUAUUUAUUUCAACGUUCUCAACUUGAUUUGAGUUCUGCCGUAUUACUUCCUAGAAUUUAUGUUUCUCAAUGAUUGUCAUUCAGAGUUAUACAUUUAUUCUGAAACCCCUUAAGUAUGUUCCUUAGAAUUUUUGCUCCUCGAAUUCUGCCUCUCAUGGAGUGGUCGAACCGAACCGUUUUAUGCAGGCAAAUACUUCCAUGAAACUAUACUGUUAUUAGUGCUUGUUUUUGUAUAGGUCUUAACUAAAUAAGUGUGCCUCCUUACUCUAACUAACCACAGACCUAUUCACUCUGCUGGUCGCUCAUCUUCAUACCCCCUUUUACAAGCCAUAACCCCCGUCCCCCCUCCCCAAACUCCUCUAAUUGUUGUUUUGACAGGACAGACAUUUGGGAAUUUUGUGUAUAUUAUUGAAAGAGUGGUGUUGAAGAGUGUUUUGCAGUUGUAUAUGGAUUUGUUAUGAAUGUGGAUAUUCUGAUAAUUGAAUUAUUAUUGUAAUAAUGACAAUAAUUAUUGCCUCUCUGGUUCUGUUGACUAAUUCUUAUGAUGCGAUUGAUGAAGAUACCAUUUUCUUUCUUUUUUUGUUUUUUCUUUUUUCUUUUCUUUAUUUUAUUUUAUUUUUUUGAAUAACCGAAAUUUAUAUUUUUCGGGUGGGUGACAGCGGAGAUAGAAUUACCUAAGUAAAUGAACAAAUAAAAAAUAAUGGAAUUCUUAA